UGGGCUUUUGCUCGAAAGACUGUUGGUUGUCACUGUUGAGGUAGCUGUCGUUUGUUGCACCAAAUUGGGCCUUUUUGCUAUUUGAAUGCUACGAACGUUGACCAUUCCUGCUUUAGAUCUUUCCGAUACACUAAUGUUGGGAGAACUCUGGGGACUGUGGACAGAAGUAGUAGUGGAUGGUGCUAUUGGCAUUUGAAUGCGUGUGAACUUUGCAUUUGCCUCUGGCCCAGCGCUAUGUGACAAAUUCUUAAGCGGUAUGCAGCGAGUUGAGUCCCUUAUCUAAAACUGUAUUUCUUUUGUUUUGAACAGAAGGGAAUGGUACUCACGGAUCUUAUCGGUCUAAGAUAUUCGCCAAAGUUCUCUGAGUAUUCAUUGUUUUAAAAAUGAAUGAAUGGAGUGGCCUCUUAAAAAGCUUAAGUACAAAUCCAGAGUACAUUCGCGAGCAGGCGUUUGACGGUGCAUUGCAAUAUUCAAAAUUUCGUAGCGUUUUCUGGUCAAUUCUCUUGAGAGUUUUGAGUGAGGAUCAUUUGUCAUGGGCACUUGAAAAGAAAAAACAGAGGCAAAGCUAUGAAAAGUUAGGAAAGGAGUUUGCCAAAAAUCCCCACCAAACAGGAGCAAAUUUAAUGCAAGUGGACGACGAUCCACUGUCACAAUCAUCAAAGAGUGUUUGGAACCAAUACUUCAGUGACCAAGAACUGUUUGCUACAAUACGACAGGAUGUGGUAAGGACAUUUCCUGGCGUAGAUUUUUUUCGGAAACCGGCAAUUCAAAAUAUUAUGAUCAAUAUACUUUUUUACUACGCCCGGGAUCAUCCAUACAUGUCUUAUCGGCAAGGAAUGCACGAAAUUCUAGCACCAAUUUUAUUCGUUAUGUACGGAGACCACCAGAGUUUUUUACAUUUUAAAGAAAUUGCUAAUUAUUCCGAUAUAGAUGACACACUGCUGGAAGUAAUGAAUCCUUUAUAUUUAGAAGCUGAUUCAUAUUUUAUAUUUUCUCGUGUUAUGGCAUCUAUAGAAUCCUAUUAUCGUGUUCGCGGCUCCAUGGUGUCUACAAGUGGCAACAGUGUGGCUCUCUCAGAUCCAGAUAAAGUACCAGCAUAUGCCUCAGAGGUGGAAGUAAUAACGCAACUAAACUUUAUUAGAGAUAAAAUCUUAGCCAAAGAAGAUUUGCACCUGCACAAUUAUUUAAUAAAGUUGGAUAUUCCGCUACAUAUUUUUGGAAUACGUUGGUUGAGACUGUUGUUUGGACGAGAAUUUGCUUUGUUAGAUCUCCUUGUCCUGUGGGAUGCCAUUUUUGCCGACAGCGACCAUUUUGAUUUACCAAACUACGUACUUGUUGCGAUGCUAAUAAGGAUACGUGAUAAACUGUUACUGAGCGACUAUACAACGUGUCUUACCUAUUUGAUGCGAUAUCCCCAAAAUGUAGACAUCAGCUUGAUCCUUCGGCAUGCUUUGCAUAUGAAAAUGCCAAAAAAGUACGACAGACCAUCUAAUGCGUUCAUAUAUUUCACCAUGCCGGGCAAUGUGCGCGAUCCUGCCGUUAAAGAUAAAAAAUGCUCACGUGGACCCCAACCGAGAGAAAAAAGUGCUUUGGAGAGACACGUAACAACGAUUCAGGAACGAAACGCUGUGGAAGAAGCACUAUUUGCAAGAAUAAAAUCAACUUCUGAAGGCAGCAAUAAUGUAGCCAUGGAUGGCUAUAAAGACAAUAACACUGAAGUCAUGCGACUAGAGUUGAAAAACAUGCAAACGGUGGUAGCAGUGGCGCGUUCAAAGUUGCAGUCGUAUUUGGAAACAAUUCGAAAAAAUACGCCAAAACAAUCUAAAAGAGAUGGCAUAGAAGAGCUGUGCCAUUUUUUGGAUGUGAAAAUUGAAUUUCCUUUGCGUACGCGACCAAACCACAUAGAUCAAGCUUUGGAGGCCAACGAGUUGCAGUAUCGCCGCAAGAGUGAAAAGACUGAACAAUCCAAUCUUACAACCAACCACGAUCUCAAAAAUAUACCUAUUGCUGACACAACACCAAACAUAUACGAACGACCCGAUAAUGGGAUGCAAUCUUCAAUACUUUUAGGAACCGAAAAGGAAUUUGAGUUGGUUCCAAUAGUGUCAGAAGCAAUAGACCCUAAGAACAAUGAUAACAAUUUAACCCGAGGUAAGGGUUUACCAAAAGCCGAUCCCCUUAGCCGGAAAAAUGAUUGAAAACUUUAAAGAAAAAAGCUGUGUUUAGAAUAAAAAUUAAAUAUAUAAAUAAUUUUUUCAAAGAAAAAAA